AUGGAGGAGUUUGUUGUCAGAGUAAAAAACCUGUCAGACAAACUUCUCCACAGACAGAAUAAUUCAAAUGUGGAUGAGGAGAUUGAGACUCUUUUCAAAGAGAUUUCAUCUCUGGAGAAAUUAGCAAGAAUACAGGAUUCACAGGUGGAGGAAAAUGCUAUUCAGUUGUGGAACUGGGCUGUGACCAGACGUGUUGGCUCAACCAUCACAGAGGAACAGAAGGCCAAAGUGCGUCAUGUGGCAUGCAGACUUCUGUAUUUGUGUGGUCCUGAAAACCCAUCAGAGAAUGUUGUUCGCAAGCAGAUCCUGAUGGCCAGUAAAACAGGGAGAACAUGGCUUGAUUGUAAACAACCCAAACUAGCUGAUGAUUUUUUUAUCCAUGCUUUCAAUAACCUGGAGACUCUUUACAGCAGACUAACUUCACUUGGAGAUUGUGCAGAAGAUAUAAAGGGAGACCUAGAGAAAGACUUGCUACGGGUUUUGUCUUAUCAAGCUGAAUCAGCAUUUUCUCAAGAGCAUCAUCAAGAGGCAGUGUCUUACAUUCACAGAUGUAAAGAAAUGCUUCUGCGUCUCCCUAAAGAGACUGGUUAUGUCGCUCUCAUCUGUUACAACUUUGGGGUUGAAACUUACAGUCAGGGAAAGCAUGAGGAGAGCUCAUUUUGGCUCAGCCAAAGUUAUGAUGUAGGAAAGAUGAACAUGAAGUUCUCACCAGGACCAGAGAUGCAAGCCAAAGUCUUAAGACUUCUUGCCACAGUUUACUUGGAAUGGGAUUGUCAGAAAUAUCAGGAGAAAGCUCUUCAUGCUGUGAGCCUGGCUAACAAGGAGAAUAUGCAGUUAUCAGGCCUCUACUUGAAGAUCCGCAUCCUAGUGAAGAGUGGCAGUCCAGAUGAUGCAGUAAAAUCUGGGCUGUCAUGUCUACUGGACUCUGAGGUUCCACUGGAAGUCUGUUUGAGCACAAUAAGACUGCUCGUGGCAGAGGACAGGGAGACACUUGCCUUUGACUUCCUGAAGAGGGUGUGUCAGCAGUUUGAGUCCUUUCCUGAGGUGGGCUCUGCUAUACUGUUGCAUAUAGAGCUGCUGUUGCAGAGGGACAAAGAGCUGUUGGCCAAGCAGAAGAUCGAGGAUGCAAUCACAGGACAUUACACUGGAAAACAAAUAUCACCACAGAUUUUAUCGUCUCUUCACCUUCUUCUGUGGGAUAGAGCUUCCAAAAACUUUGAAGCUAAAAACUACUCUGAAGCUCUGCAGUGGUAUAACUACUCACUGAGUUUCUACAAAGCAGGUCAGUUGGAUCCGAACCUAGCUAAACUGCAAAGAAAUCGAUCCUCCUGUUUCCUGCACAUGCAACAGCUUGAGAAGGCCAAAGAAGCUGUAGAAGAGGCAGAAAGAAUUGAUCCAACCAGCAUUUUCACACAGUUCAACAUCUACAAGAUCGCUGUCCUGGAGAACAAUGCAGAAAGAACUGCGGUGGCUUUGAGAGAGAUUGGUGCUUUGGCUCAGACUCCAGUAAACAAUGAGGACCGAGUGCUAGUGACUGAGAAUGCUGCAGCAAACCUCCUCAGCCUGGCAGCUCAAAUUGCCCUGGAGCAUGAACAGCAAGAAAUAGCCAUCAAAGCCCUUGAGAGUCUGUGUGAACAUUCGCAAGAUGUUGUUCAAAUUCUCACUGCCUUGAGGUGUUUAGUACGACUUGUUCAUUCAGCAAUGGAAAACAUGAGUGAGGAAAACAAGAAUGCCAACUUAGAUAUACUUUUGUCGUACCUAAAGACAGCUCUGCAGAAAGUGUCACAGAUCAACCAUAUUCCUGGCCAGGAAGUAAACGAGCGUUCAGAAAAGGCUAACUGGUUCAAGAGAAUUGCAUGGAACUCAGCCCUCCAGUGUGAGCACAGUUUUGUUAGGAUGAGAAAUUUCUUUCUUCUCUGCUUUCAGCUGUCGCAGUUGUGUGCUUCAGACAGAGUUGUGUUGGUGGGACAGAAGACAUGUCUGAUGAUGGCUGCGGCUGCUGCUCUGGAGAUCUGCAGGGGCUCUGAUCACACUGAGCAACAGACAGAGCUGCUGACCCAGACUCUAGAGCACAUACAGCUCUGUAAAGAAGUGUGGAGAACUAUCAAAACAUCAGGCACUUCCUCCAAAGAUCCGACAGACACAUUAUUGCUACUCUAUGAAUUUGAAGCACGGGCCAAAUUAAAUGAUCACAAGCUUGAAUCUGUGCUCGAGUCAGUUUUGGAGCUGGAUAACGUUGAGGCCAAAGUUUUGGAAACAAUUGCAGUCCUGGCAAUGGAACCACCAGCUCAUUUUCCCGUGCUGUGUAAAAAAGCACUGAGGAUUGCCCUGUCUCUGCACAAGAAAAACCCACAGGCUAAUCUCACAUGCUGCAGUAACUGUUUACACAGCCUAAUUCAGCUGUCACUGCCUAGUGGUGUGUCUGAGGUGGAGCCCCGUGUGUUGGAGGAAGUGUGGAGCUACUAUGAGGAAGCUCUUUCCAUCAUAGCAACCGCACCAGAGGACUUUCCAGAGCUGGAGAUCCUGUGGCUGCUGACACGAGCAUGGAACACAGGAAUCCUGCUCUACAGUUUAGCCCAGUACCCCGAGGCCGAAAGGUGGUGUGGGCUGGGAAUGAGCUUCCUGCGGCACCUGGGCUCUCUGCAGGACAGCUAUCAGUCUCAGAUGGCGGAUCUGUACAGUGAAGUGUUGGACAGGCUGGAUAAAGCAAAGAAAAAUCUCAUUAUUGAGGAAUAACGACGGGGUUAGUCGCAGAUGGCAAUCUC